AUGGAAUCAACAGCAACGUCAAAUCUUAUUUACAGUAGCGACUUUGAAAAAGGUGAAUAUCAGUUGUUAGAACUUGCUACACCUGAAUUACAAGAAGUUUUUAAACCAGGAGGCCAAAGUGUAUUCAUAAAAGGCCUGCCCGAUGAAGAAGCAGUCCUUUGUACCAAUGCACGAACUUACCAAGUUCGACAAGUGCAUACAUCAAAUUCUAUGCUACUGAUCUCGAAAAAUGAAGAAACGAUCGAUGAUGUUGAUCAGUAUUUGGUGCAUGACGAUAUUUCCAACUAUGUUGAGCUUGCACCUACUAUACCACGCUUGAAUCGAAUUGAUGAAUUAUUAAUGCAGGCACCUUAUGCAGGAACAAAGAAAGACAGCAAUUAUGAUCAUACGCAGAAAUUAUACACAUAUAACGAUAUUUUAUCCGUUGUUCAAGCAAGUGAAAGUGAACUCAUUGAUGGAUUAGAACAAAAGAGUGUAUUUGGAUACGGAGGUUAUAUGCGCAUGUUUGAUAGAGAUUAUCUGUUAGGUUUACUGGACGCUUUUUUUACCAAUGCCAGUUUUCACAGUAAAGAUCUUCAGCAUAUCACUCUUGGAGAGGUCAAACAGUGUAUAACAGAAGAAAGACAAGGAUUACGAAUGCAAGGAUUAAUAGAAGAUGAGGAUCUCUCUGAUCCGAUUCUCUUGGCCUGUAUCAACCAUUUUGUCACGGACAAGAUUGGAACCAAAGACAACCAUGAUGACACUGUCGUUCGAUUCGACGAAGCUAAAGUGUGUCGCUUUUUGGGUGAAUGGUUGCUUAUCGAUGCUCAAAACAAAAGUUAUGAAAAUUGGGAGCUAUCUUACUUUAUGAAAAUGUGGAAGACAUUGAGUCUUAAUCUAUUUGAGCCUAAGCUGGAGUACAUCGAAGGUCUUUACAAGCUGACAGAAAUUACCAAAGUUCAAAAAGUGGAGCAACAUAUAAGCUAUUUCCCGGUAUCUGCAUUACCGAUGGAUCCAGCACGACGAUUUGCAGUAUUGUUUGGGGCAAAAGAAUUUUGGUCUGCAGAAGAAAUCACACCAUUUUUAUCAGAUUUGGCGCCAAAGAGUAAAGAGAGAGAGAAUUUAUUACUUAAAUUUGCGCGCAUGCGUAAAGAAAAUGAUAAGGUGCUGUAUGCAAGUAGGAUCAACAAAAAAAAGAAAUAG